AUGUACACGUUGGGACAUGGGCUUUGGCAUCACCUCACUCGUAAAUUCGACUUUUUUAUUGUGAUAGUUGGUUUGGAUAAUGCUGGCAAAACGACUUUCCUUGAACAAACAAAAAUGAAAUUCACGAGAGGAUAUCAGAUGUUAAACCCUUUAAAAAUCACAAGCACUGUUGGAUUAAACAUUGGUAAAAUCGAAAUCGGUGCCGUACGUUUGAAUUUUUGGGAUCUUGGUGGCCAGGAGGAAUUACAUUCACUUUGGCAUAAAUAUUUCGAGGAUUCUCAUGCACUCGUUUUUGUGAUUGAUGCAUGCGACACGAGUGAAGGUAUUUAUCGAUGUAGCAUACGAAUAAUAUUGCAAACUUCAGAACGUGUAAUGGAUAGCGAAAAGGUACAGCAAAUGCCGAUAUUAGUCGUAUGUAACAAAAGUGAUGUGGAUGAAUGUGCGAACACAGAAAGCAUUCGUAAAUUAAUUGUUGAUGAACGUCAUUUGGGUGAUUUAGCAAUAGUGCCUGUUUCUGCGCUUCAAGGUCUUAAUGUUGAACGUUGUAUUCGGUGGCUUUUCACUGCACUUACUCGAAACUCAAAUUUAUAA